AUGACAAGAACAUAUUUAUCUGUAUCACAAAAUGGAAAGAGUCAAAGUUCAAAUAGUUUAAAAACAAGUAAUAAUAGCAACACUUUAAAUAAGAGUAAUACAAGUCAAAGUAGUCAUUGUUUAAAUAAAAGUAGUGAUAGUAAUGCAAGUUCAGGUAGUAGCUCAGCAGGUUCAACUACUACGACAACCACAACUACUACAAAUACUAAUAAUAAUGCCCAACAACAGGCUCAACAACAAGCUCAACAACAAGCUCAACAACAAGCUCAACAACAAGCUCAGCAACAACAACAACAACAACAACAGCAACAACAACCAUCACUUUUUAAUGUUAGUGCUCAUUAUGAUGCAUUAUGCAAUAUGAUUAUUAGACCACCAAGAUAUUAUUAUACUAUAGAUGAUUUAGGUCCUAAAGCAUUUUCACUAGGUCAUCCACUAAGAACUUAUGUUAGAAAUGAUUUCGAAUUAAUUAACCCUAGAGGUCACUCAAUUCAGUGUAGCCAUUUUAAACAAUCAGAAUAUUGGGAAACUGGAGAAAAACAACCAUGUGUAAUUUAUUGUCAUGGUAAUAGUGGAUGUAGACUGGAUGCAAUGGAGUGUGUUAGAACUUUAUUACCAAUGAAUAUUUCAGUAGUAGUAUUUGAUUUUAGUGGUAGUGGAUUAAGUGGUGGUCAAUAUGUAUCUUUAGGUUAUUAUGAAAAGGAUGAUGUAGGUGUAAUUGUAAAGCAUUUAAGAGAGACAGGCAAAAUAUCGACAAUUGGUUUAUGGGGUAGAAGUAUGGGUGCAGUAACAUCAAUUUUAUAUGCAAGAGAAGAUCCUUCAAUUGCAGGCAUGGUAUUAGAUAGUCCAUUUAGUUCAUUAUAUAAAGUCGCAGAGGAAUUAGUUCAUUCCGCUGUUCAAAAACUUCCAAAGCUUAUGAUUUCAUUGGGUUUGAAAAUGGUCAGAAGUUCAAUAAAAAAGAGGGCUCAUUUUGAUAUAAAGGAAUUAGACAUUAUGCCUGUUGCAGAUCAAGUAUUUAUACCUGCUUUAUUUGCUCAUGGUGAGGCUGAUAACUUUGUUAGACCCCAUCACUCCGAACGUUUAUAUGAAAAAUACUCUGGUGAUAAGAAUAGAUUAUUGUUGGCUGGUGGUCAUAAUAGUGAAAGACCUUCUUUCUUUUUCGAAUCUGUUUGUAUAUUCUUUUCAAAUACCCUAAAACCAAAUUUAGAUAGUCAAAUAAGCUCGUUUACUGCUCGUCCAAUAAAUGAUAAUAGUUAUUUAACAGCAUAUGAUAUGUUAAAGCAUCCAGAAAUGAUGUUUGAUGAUUGUUCAGUCGAGGAGCAAAAGAUGAUAUUUGCAUUAUAUCAACAACAACAAAGGAUGAAACAACAUCAAUCACCACCACCACAACCACCACCAUCUACAAAUGACACAAGUAAUUAUUCAACAGCAUCACCAAAAUCAUCAUGCUCAAGUGAUGUUUUAGAACCACCACCAAAUAUUUCACCUGAAAAAAUUGAGCUUCAUAAUCAACAUAAAAGAAAUAUUCAUAAUAGUUUAACAUCAUCAUCAGAAUAUUGUCAACCACUAUCACCACCUUUAAAUGAAAGUUUAAAUAAUAACAGUAAUAAUAAUAAUAAUCAUAAUCAUAGUCAUAAUAAUAAUACAUCUAAUAGUUUUGACAAUAGUAGUAGUAAUAGUAGUGGCAGUAAUGGCACUAGUAAUAAUACUAUUAAUGUUGACAAUUUAAAUAAUACCAGUGAUUUAUAUACCAAUACAAAUAAUUAUACAACUACAAUAGCAAAUAGUAAUACCAAUUAA